CUAGCGUUAUGGGAUGUAAACAGUAGUUUUAAUAAGCUUCUUUUGCACUUUUUUAAGUUAUUAAUGCCUCGUUUUAAAUGUAAGGGCUCUCCGGAUUCUAGAAAGGACGUGUGGAGCUUCUUUGAGCUGGAUAACGGUGGAAAAGCGAAUUAUCGGGGCAAAUUAUGCCCCGUGUCACCCAGUCUGGGGGGUGUUUGGACAAACUGUUAAAAUUUCUGGAUUUGAGAUCGCUGUGGGAAAACGGUGUGCUGUUCAUCAAAGUAUGGCUCGGCGGGUGGCUGUGAUUGGAGGAGGCAGCUCUGGACUGACCUGCAUUAAGUGCUGUCUGGAUGAGGGGCUGGAACCUGUUUGCUUUGAGAGCAGUGAUGACAUUGGAGGACUCUGGAGGUUUAAGGAGAAUCCUGAGCAGGACAGGGCCAGCAUCUACCAGUCAGUGAUCAUCAACACCUCCAAGGAGAUGAUGUGUUUCAGUGAUUACCCCAUUCCAGCCCAUUUCCCAAACUACAUGCACAACUCCUACAUCAUGGAGUACUUCCGCAUGUAUGCUGAGCACUUCAAGCUUCAGAAAUAUGUUCGCUUGAAGACAAAAGUUCUUCACGUCAUUCCAAGACCAGACUUUGCUCAUUCUGGUCAGUGGGAUAUAGAGACGGAGGACAGCCAAGGCAACCGAGCGAAACAUGUGUUUGAUGCUGUGCUGGUGUGCACUGGACACCACUGUCACCCACACAUUCCUGUAAAAGACUUUCCAGGCCUAGACACAUUCAAGGGUACAUACUUCCACAGCCGGGAUUACAAGACCCCAGAGGAUUGGCGUGGCAAGAGAGCGGUUGUGAUUGGAAUUGGCAAUUCAGGGGGUGAUAUUGCUGUGGAGCUUAGCAGGAUGACUAAACAGGUUUUUCUGAGCACUAGGAGGGGUUCCUGGAUCCUGAAUCGUGUCGGCAAUGAAGGGGUUCCCAUGGACAUGGUCUUCAACAGGUUCUCACGAAUGCUACAGGCUAUAACGCCCAAUAAUAUAAUAAGCAGCCUAGGAGAGAAGAAACUCAAUCAGAGAUUCAACCAUGCUAUGUAUGGACUGCAGCCAAAACACAGGCUGCUUAGCCAACAUCCCAUGGUGAAUGAUGACCUGCCUAACCGCAUUAUCUCGGGCACUGUAAUGGUCAAGCCUAAUGUGCGGGAGUUCCGUGGCUCCAGUGUGGUCUUUGAGGACGGCACUGUUGAGGACAACAUCGAGCUGGUCGUGUUUGCCACCGGCUACACCUUCUCUUUUCCAUUCCUGCCCAAUCAUGUGAUCUCAGUAACGGAGAACAGGACGUCGCUGUAUAAAAAUGUGUACCCUCCAGGCCUUGAGAAGUCCACUUUGGCUGUGAUUGGCCUCGUCCAGCCUCUGGGAGCCAUCAUGCCCAUAUCUGAAAUGCAGGCCCGCUGGGCCACACGAGUCUUUAAAGGUUUGCUCAAGCUUCCAUCAAAGAAAAAGAUGCAGAAAGACAUCAAAGCAAAGGAGGAUCUUAUGGCUAAAAGGUAUGUGGCUUCCCAGAGACACACCAUCCAGGUAGACUACCUGCCCUACAUGGAUGAGUUGGCUGUGGAAUUGGGUGCACGUCCCAAACUCUUUUGGCUGUUCUUAACUGAUCCUGGUUUGGCUUGGAGGGUAAUGUUUGGUCCCUCCACCCCGUAUCAGUAUCGACUGUUUGGGCCAGGUCGGUGGGAUGGGGCUCGCAAAGCCAUUUAUACCCAGUGGGAGCGUGUGGCCAAGCCCCUGAAGACCCGCAGCACUCCUGUACAGGAGUCACACCACUCUGUUCUUCCUCUCCUCCUGUCUGUGUCAGCUGCUGCCGUGUUCUCCGCUAUCUACUACACCAGGUCCAACCUGGCUGCAGCCUGCCCAGAUCUAACGUCCCUCCUGGACAGAGUAACAGGUUAUCUGCCUCGACUCGUGUCAAGGCAGUGACCUCUUCAUCUGCCUCCAGACACCUCAGAGAGGGCUGAUUGUUCUCUUGUUUAACAGGUACAUAGAAUGUUGUUAGGUAGUGUGAGAAAGUGCAGGGUGGUGUCAUCUGGUGAAUUAUGUAUUAAUAAUGAGAUUUUAUAAUUACAUUUAACAUUUCCAAAAGACACUUUUAAAGCCUUGGCUUUUAUGAACACAAUUUACAGUUGUUCUACAAGGUGUCAAUAAUGUUUUUUCACAUAUUACUACUAGGGAUUGAGCCCACUAUUAUACAGCCCAAAAUCAGAAAAUGUUUGGGACUGUAUGGAAAAUGCAAAUAAUAAAUAAUAAAAUAAUAAAAAUCUAUGCACACCCUGUGCAAGGAGCGCUGUGAUGCUAAUUGCUAUCUUACACACUGUAAACUGCUGCAUCAUUGCUAUCUUACACACUGCCGCAUCAUUUUAAUAGCGAUGGAGUAUCAUUAACAUUAACUAAUGUUUGACCCAGUGCCUUAGGUGUUGAUAUUUCAGUAAAACACUAAAGAUUUUAAAAGAUGUGUAAAAAUGUAUUAAAUCAUGCCAUCAUAUUGCCUUUAGUAUGCAAGAAUUGUUUGUAAUCCAUAUAGUAAUGCAUAAAUAAAAUCAUUUUACACCAGAAACAA